AGGGGGAGCGAGGGAGAGAGAGAGCGCAAAGAGCGCCAAGGCGUGGAGUGUGUAUGAAGUGCCCGUCACUUCACAUGAAACCCUAACAAUUCAUUGUCCUCCUCAAUCUAUCAUCAUUCUUUCCCUUAAUUUUCUUCCAUCACUGGAUUGUUUCUUCGAUUUUACUAAUUUCAAUGAGUCGUUUAGGGUUCAAAUCCCUGGUGUAUCACGGGGAUUUGUUUUUGGGAGAGCUGGACGCUAUUCCCGUAAAGGACCAGAGUUUCCAAUUCCCAAAUAACGAGAUUCGGGUCCACCACAUAUCCCCAAUCAGCGAACGAUGCCCUCCUCUUUCAAUUCUUCAUACAAUCUCUUCAUUUUCAGUCCGAUGCAAGCUCGAAUCGUCUUCUCCAAUUCAUCAGCCUAGUUUGAUUAAUCUACAUGCCUCUUGUUUCCACGAAUUAAAGACGGCGGUGGUGUUGAUAGGAGAUGAAGAGCUUCACUUGGUGGCAAUGCCGAGUAAGCAGAAGAAGUUUCCUUGCUUUUGGUGUUAUUCUGUGCCCUGCGGUCUCUACAGUUCUAGCUUGUGGAUGUUGAAUUUACGUUGUCUUGCCAUAGUUUUUGACCUUGAUGAGACUCUAAUUGUUGCAAACACUAUGAAAUCCUUCGAGGAUAGAAUUGAUGCUCUUCGAGGUUGGAUUGCGCGUGAAAGCGAUCAAGUUCGAAUCUCAGGAAUGUCUGCUGAGUUGAAGCGGUAUAUCGAUGAUCGAGCACUUUUGAAGCAGUAUACGGAGAAUGAUUUGGUAAUGGAUAAUGGAAAGAUAUUGAAAGUUCAAUCAGAGGAGGUUGCUCCGCUGUCUGAUAGCCAUGAGCGAGUUGUUCGGCCUGUGAUUAGAUUUCCAGAAAGGAAUAUUGUCCUCACCCGCAUUAAUCCUGAGAUUCGUGAUACUAGCGUGCUUGUGAGGUUACGACCUGCUUGGGAGGACCUAAGAAGUUACUUAAUUGCAAAAGGCCGCAAAAGGUUUGAAGUUUAUGUUUGUACCAUGGCUGAAAGAGAUUAUGCUUUAGAGAUGUGGAGGCUUCUUGACCCAGAGGCACAUCUAAUAGGUUCCAAGCAACUUUUGGACCGUGUUGUAUGUGUAAAAUCAGGCUCAAGGAAAUCUUUGUUAAAUGUCUUUCAAAAUGGGAGUUGCCAUCCAAAAAUGGCAAUGGUGAUCGAUGACCGUUUAAAGGUGUGGGAAGAUAAGGAUCAGCCGCGAGUCCAUGUAGUACCACCAUUCACUCCUUAUUACGCUCCUCAGGCAGAGACAACAAAUCCUGUUCCAAUCCUAUGUGUAGCAAGAAAUGUUGCGUGCAAUGUCAGGGCGGGUUUUUUCAAAGAGUUUGAUGAGAAUAUAUUACGACAAAUCUCUGAACUCUUCUAUGAAGAUGAGGUGGUGAAUCUGCCUUCUGCACCUGAUGUUAGCAACUACUUAAUGUCUGAGGAUGCUGGAUUUGUACCAAAUGGGAAUGCAAAUGUCCCCAUUGCUGAAGGAAUGCAUGGUGCUGAAGUUGAACGAAGACUAAACCAACCAGAUGAGAAGCAUAUUGUAGAUUCUGCUGCCUCUCCUAUAGCAAAUAGCUAUGAGUUCAGAUCUGAAACCCUUCAGCCGCCUGCAUUAACUGUUCAGAAUGUUGUUGGCCCAACAUCUUCGAGACUCCUCAUGCCUUCUCAGAAACCUAGCUUGCUUGGGGCUCCUAUCAAGCGAGAUUUCAGCUCUUUUGAAUCUGAUGCUGACAUGAAGAGAAGACUCCUUAUUAUGAAGCAUGGCCAAGAUGUACGGAAUCAAAGCUUGGGUGAUCCUCCUAUUCUUUCUAGAUUACCACAGAUAUCGACUUCCUCAUUGCAUCCGCAGGGGGUUUGGUUGGUAGAAGAUGACAGUAAUAGAGGACAUUUAAAUAACCGAGCAUCGGGACUUGUUCAAGAAGCUGAUGUGUUAAAACCUGAUAAGCAGCGGGGCCAUCAGAUUCCAUUUGGUCAUAAUACACCAGGUUCUACUCCUGUGAGUUUACUUCCACAUCUGCCCCAAUUGAAGAAUGAUGAGGUAUCUGCUGCAAACGAAUGGCAAAAGAAAAAUCUUCCACCUGCAAGUCAGCCAUCAGAAGUUGGUGUCUCUCAGAAUCAAGCAUCUACCACUGGUAGAGAACAAACUGAAGCUGGAAAAGUGAACAUGAUGCCACCACAUUUAUCUAUUGGAGUUCUGCAAGAAAUUGGACGGAGAUGCAGCUCAAAGGUUGAGUUCAGGUCUGUUGUAAGCACCAGUAAAGAUUUGCAGUUCUCUGUUGAAGUGUUGUUUACCGGUGAGAAGAUAGGUGUUGGAAUGGGUAAGACGAGGAAGGAUGCUCAACAACAAGCUGCUGAGAAUGCUCUUCACAGCUUAGCUGAUAAAUAUGUAGCAUAUACCACACCACAUUCUGGAGCUGUGGAUAAAGAUUUUGAUAAGCUUUCACUUUCAAAUGAAAAUGGGUUUCUGUGGGAUACUACUAGUGCUGGAUCUAGUGAACUGCUAAUGGAAGAUGGGUUGCCCAAAGAAAGCAUUUCUGAGGCUGGUGAAAUGGCGCAUGGUACUACUUCCUCCAGUGUGGUAAAUCAGCAAGUGCAGAAGCGUGCCAAUUCGCCCAGAUUGCCCCAAUCUAUUCCGAGUAAGAGGUCCAAAGAAGAACUAAUGCGUGGUUCACAAAGCCUCUCAUCCUCAUGGCCACAAAAGAAUGGACAUACCAUUUCAUGAAAAUCCAUUAGAUUGUCAGAAGGUUCAUUCAUGGAAAGACUUUUAAGGUUGGGAUCUCCUGAAUGCCACAUCUCAUGAUCCAAGUUUCUUUUUCUCUUAGCAAAGUUGGAACCCGCUGCUGCAGAGGUGAAUAUCUUUUUAAAUUUUUGUCUAGGUUGUGAAAAGACGGGGCUAUUUUUUUCAAAUGUGUCCUCUCUUUUCCUGCUUAUUUUGUUGAUAUUGAGAGCCAGGCUUUCCCUUCUUCUAGCUUGUAUUGUGUUUACAUAGGCUUCUUCAUGGCCAUAAAAAAUGUGAGAUUAUAAUGAAGAGGUUGUUCAAUCAAAAGCUUACAGAGAGUUUCAGUUCCCUAGCUCCCUGUUGCUGGUCCUUUGGUUGAAUGGAUUGAUUA